AUUUUCCUAUUUCUUAUCAAGUUGAAUAUUUUCGUUUCCCUAAAAAUAGUAAAAUUUUAUUGUGAAUACUAUUUAACCAACCUCUGUGAUCAAAAAUUGUCGAGUCAUGAUUUAGUUUAUUACUUGCCACAUGUAUUAUGAGUAGAAUGUGACAUUUUUUUUAACAAAAUAGAUAAUCCUAUUAUUCGUUUCAAUUAAAUGAGGCGCAUCAUUUGUGCAUCGAGUUGUCUUGUGUAUAAUAGGAAGUUAAUAACAUCAAAUAUGGCCAAACCAAUAAGUGAUUUCAAGGAAUGGAAGUUUCGACUCCCACCGAGCUAUGUUCAGUUGCCUAUAACCGGAUACCCUGAUUACAAUAUUCCCAGAGCCGUCAAAGAUGCUGUUUUUGUUAAAGUACCAACGGAGCCCCUUACUGGAAAAAUUUAUCUUGUCUGUGUGUCCAAUGAUGCAUUGACUGACAUUCUCGAUCUUGAUCCUGUAGUAGCGGAGAGUGAGGAAUUUGUCGAAUUCAUAAAUGGCAAAUAUUUACCUCAAGGUGCUCUGAGUGUAUGUCAUGGAUAUGGUGGGUAUCAGUUUGGUUUUUGGGCUGACCAGCUUGGAGAUGGUAGGGCACAUAUUCUUGGUGAAUAUGUUAAUAGUAAAGGAGAGUUAUGGCAGUUGCAGUUAAAGGGUUCCGGUGAGACUCCCUUUUCUCGUUUCGGUGACGGUCGUGCAGUACUCAGAUCAUCGCUGCGUGAGAUGGUAGCUAGCGAGGCAUGCCACCACCUUGGCAUUCCUACCACCAGGGCCGCAGCAUUGGUGGCAAGUGAUUCCCACAAGGUCCUGCGAGAUAGGAGUUACAGUGGUCUGGCCCGUCCCGAGCGGGCGGCUGUGGUACUCCGACUAGCACCUAGUUGGAUGAGGAUUGGAAGUUUCGAGUUAAUGCACCGCAGGCAACAGACAGACAUGUUGGUCGAGCUUGCUGAUCAUGUUAUAAAGCAUUUCUUCAGCCACAUUGAUCUUAAUGAUAAAGACAAAUAUGUGAAGUUUUUCACAGAGGUGGCUCACAAGAACCUGGACAUGGUUGCCACCUGGCAAGGGCUUGGCUUCACUCAUGGGGUUCUUAACACAGACAACAUCAGUAUAUUGGGUCUGACCAUUGACUAUGGACCGUUUGGGUUCAUAGAACACUAUUAUGAGAAUUAUGUUCCAAACUCGUCCGACGAUAUGGGAAGAUAUGCAUUUAACAAACAGCCAGAGAUCUUGCUGUGGAACUUGGGAAAAUUGGCUGAAGCGUUACAGUUAAUACUUUGUGAUGAGAGUAAAAAGAAAAUUAAAGAUGUUAUCGAUACUUUGGAACUGUAUGUGAAAGAUAAAAUACUUCAUACUUACAUUCUAAAACUUGGUCUCACUGAAGUCAGAAAAGGUGACGAUAAAUUGGUGAAAGAUUUCCUUGAGAUGAUGCAACAAACGUCAUCCGACUUCACUGGCAGUUUUAGACAAAUUUCCGAGAUUAGUUUGAAUCAGCUACUAGAUAAGGAAACGUUGGAGUCCAAGUGGGCUUUAGCAAGGCUGAGUAAAUCGAAGAAUUGGGAUAAGUGGAUUCAGCGAUACAAGGAUAGAUGUUGUCAAGAAAAUGUGAACGGAGACGAGAGAGUGAAACAUAUGCUCAAAGUAAAUCCACUAUACGUCCCCCGUAAUUGGAUGUUACAAGAGGCCAUUAAAGAUGCAGAGAACAAUGAUUUCAACAAGGUAAGAUUGUUACUUGAAAUUUUUACCAAACCGUAUGAAGUGAAUGAAGAAGCUGAAAAAUUGGGAUACUCGUCACAACCACCGAGCUGGUCCUUUGGCCUUAAGUUGAGUUGUUCCAGUUAAAUAAUUAAAAUGAGUUCUUAAUUAGUAUGUAAGAAACGAAAUGUUGGAUUCAUCUUCAUGUUAUUUUACUCAGGGUAGAUUUUUUUUUUUUUAUAUAUACAAUUAUCCCUCUUUAAAUUAAAACUAUAUUUUAUGGAUAAGAGAUUUAAAUUUAAAAAAAAUUAUAAAUAAUUUGGUUGUUUUUAUAUAUUUUGUUUAUUUAGGAGGUAGGAUUUUAAUAAUUUUAUUUAAUAAAAAUAUUUUAUGAUUGUUAAUUAUUAUGUAUGAAAUACAUGAAAAAUAUGAAUAUGUUUGAGAAUAAUAUUAUUCGUAGAAUAUUUUUAUCACUAGAAAACUAUUAAUAUUUGUGAAUAAAAUUCAUGUAUUUGUUAUUGAUAAAUACUAAACAGUUAUAUUUUUUGACAUUAACAUUAAAUGGGUAUCAGAUCAA